AUGACCACGCCUUCGCGACCCCAUUCCCAGCCGCUGCCAAAAAUCCUACUCCUUGUCCUACUUUCAGCGACGAUUCCUCACUUGAUCCCGGAGGCUGCUGCUGCUGAGCAAGAUGAGCAGCAGCCGAUCACACUUGCGGGUUGCCCCGACAAGUGCGGCAACAUAAGCAUUCCCUACCCAUUCGGCAUGAAGCCUGGGUGCUUCCGAGAGGGCUUCCAGGUCACCUGCAACGACUCCUUCAAUCCUCAUCGUGCCUACGUUGCUGACAGCAGAGUAUACCAGUCUACAUUCGAGGAGUACGACAGGGUGAAGCCAGAGUUCAGUGAACUUUGGAGUAGAACGCUGGAUACCACGGCGUUUGAGCUCAUCGAUAUAUCCAUUGCAAAUGGUGAGGCGCGAGCCUAUGGCGCGGUCUCAUCUGUCUGCAGCCAAAAUGAAACCGACUACAUAUCCAAGAAUCAACAUAUGAAGUUGGGUGAGAAGAUGAGUCCGUUCUUCCUGUCGACAGAGCGCAAUGUUCUCAUCGGCGUCGGCUGGAGAGUCCAGACUAGGGUCUAUAGCCACCUAUGGUCGCCGUCAGUACAUGGCAACUCACAGAAGGAAUUAAUUCUCUCCUGCCUUUCAGACCUUGCGGACCCGCAGCUCCUCGCGUUCGCGACAAACGGGUCAUGCAAGGGGCGGGGCUGCUGUGAAGCUGCCUUGCCGGAAGCACUUCCCAUCACCGUGCUUGGUCUGGCCUUCACUAUGAACAACAAUAACACCUUGUUCAAGACCAACCCGUGCUCCUAUGCCAUGGUGGUGGAGAGCUCAUGGUACAACUUCUCCACGCCAGACAUGUAUGGCUACGAGGUGCUACCCAAUAGAUACCCGAGGGGCGUCCCUUUCGUGAUCGAUUUCUCCAUCCCGAACGGUUCAUGUCCGGCAAAAGGCCAGCCGCCACCUUCAGACUACGCCUGCGUCAGCGGCAACAGCUCCUGUGCCAACACGACUACUGGCCAGGGGUAUGUUUGCAAGUGCUGGGACCACUACGAAGGCAACCCUUACAUCGUCAAUGGAUGCCAAGACAUCAAUGAGUGCGAGCUCCGCGAUUUGUAUCCUUGCUCCGCUGACGGGGUAUGCAAAAAUAAGUUAGGAGGCUAUGACUGUCCAUGUAAACCAGGAAUGAAAGGCGACGGCAUAAAAGGAACCUGCACAGAUAAAUUCCCCGCAACAGCACGGGUGAUUUUGGGUGGAAUAGGUGGUGUUUUUAUCAUAGCAGCCAUAUCAUUCCUUAUUCUUCUUCGCAAAGAGAAAAAGAAAACUAGACAAUUUUAUGAGAAGAACGGUGGGCAUACAUUAGAGAAGGCAAAAUUCAUAAAACUGUUUGAAAAGGAGAGGCUCAAGCCAAUUUUUAAGAGUAGCAAUUUUAUUGGGAAAGGUGGCUUUGGUGAAGUUUACAAGGGAAUUCUUGAUAAUGAACCAGUCGCAGUGAAGAAGCCGAUUAGUGGUAGUGUGCUAGAGAAUGAACAGUUUGCAAAUGAAGUCAUCAUUCAAUCUCAAGUCAUCCACAAGAACAUCGUUAGGCUCAUAGGUUGUUGCCUAGAAGUCGAAGCCCCGAUUCUAGUCUAUGAGUUUCUCUGCAGUGGUAGCCUCGAUGACAUUCUUCACGGCAAAAACAAGGUACCCCUCAACUUGGGUGUGCGUUUAAGUAUUGCUGCAGAAUCAGCAGAUGGUCUGGUUUAUAUGCACUCAAAAACCAAUAUCAAGAUCCUACAUGGUGACGUUAAACCAGCAAAUAUACUUUUGGAUGAAAAGUUUGUGCCAAAGAUUUCAGACUUUGGUAUAUCAAGGUUGAUUGCGAGAGACAAACACCACACGGGAUCUAUUAUUGGUGACAUGAGUUAUAUGGAUCCAGUAUAUCUGCAGACAGGCCGACUAACAGAAAAAAGUGAUGUCUACAGUUUUGGAGUUGUCAUCUUGGAACUUAUUAGUAGGAAGAAAGCCACACAUUCCGAGGGUAGUAGCUUAGUGAUCAAUUUCCUUGAAGCAUACAAAAAAGAGAGGAAAGCAACUCACUUGUUUGACAAGGAAAUUAUUGCAACUGAAGAUUUGGAGGUUCUGGAUAGUUUGACAGGGAUCGCCGUGGAAUGUCUUAGCCUUGAUGUGGAUCAAAGGCCAUCAAUGACAGACGUAUUCAAUCGCCUUUUCAUAUUGAAUCAAUCCCAUAAGUCGCAGCUUGUUUGUGAAUUAUAG